AUCUUCUCUCUCUCUCUCUCUCUCUGUGAAAAAAUGGCCAAAUACUUUUCGAUUCCAGCUUAUUUCGCAUUGAUGUUCUUCAUAAGCUGUUUGAAAUCCUCCAUAGCCAAAUCCAAGGCCUGGUUCAAUUUCCUCCCCCUCCACGUCGCCGAUAAACUCCGCGACGAUCCCGAAUCUCUCAAAUCCGCCGCCGUCGACUUCGGCAACAUGGUAACCCACGCGCCGGCCGCCGUUCUCUACCCAUCUUCCCCAAACGACGUCGUCGCCCUACUCAAACUCGCCAACUCCCGCCCCGUCCCCUUCACAGUCGCCGCCAAGGGCCGCGGCCACUCCGUCCGCGGCCAGGCCAUGGCGCCCAACGGCGUCGUUGUGGAGAUGACGUCCAUCGACAAUCCCGGACCUCGAAUCGCCGUCCUCGGCUCCCCCUCCGCCGGUUUCUACGCCGACGUCGGCGGCGAACAGCUCUGGGUUGACGUGCUUAACGCCACUCUUGAGCACGGACUUGCACCGGAGUCCUGGACGGAUUAUUUGUACAUCACCGUCGGCGGGACGUUGUCGAACGCUGGCAUCAGCGGCCAGACUUUUCGAUACGGUCCGCAGAUCGGUAAUGUCACUGAACUCGACGUCAUCACAGGAAAAGGAGAUUUGGUAAGCUGUUCACCAGAAAGGAACUGCGAGCUCUUCCAUUCAGUCCUUGGUGGUUUAGGGCAAUUUGGAAUCAUAGUUCGAGCCAGGAUUCCCUUAUACCCAACUCCAAACAGGGUUAAGUGGUUUAGGAUUCUGUACAGCAAGUUCAGUGAUUUUACUAUGGACCAAGAAAGAUUGAUCUCAAUGAAUGGAAGAAAACAAAAGGGUGCAUUGGACUAUUUGGAGGGUUUGCUUCUAAUGCAUGAUGGUCCCCCAGACAACUGGAGAUCCUCCUUUUUUCCACCCUCUCAUCACUCCACAAUCAUCUCUUUGGUUAAUCAACACUCCAUCAUUUACUGUCUAGAAUUCGCCAAAUAUUACGACGAUCGCUCUCUAGAUACCGUUGAUAAGGAACUUGAAGAUUUGAUGAGAGAGUUGAAUUUUUUACCCGGAUACAAGUUUGAGAAGGAUGUAUCGUACGUUGAAUUCUUGAAUAGGGUACGAAGUGGGGAACUAAGCCUUCAGUCGCAAGGACUGUGGGACGUUCCUCAUCCAUGGCUGAAUCUCUUCGUACCAAGAUCUCGUAUCACGGAUUUCGACUCGGGUGUCUUUAAGGACAUUGUUCUUAAACGAAAACUUACCAAAGGACCGAUACUCAUCUACCCCAUGAACAGGAGCAAGUGGGAUGAUAGAAUGUCAGCCAUUAUACCAGAUGAAGAAGUUUUUUACACGAUAGGAUUUUUAAAUUCAUCUGGAUUUGAAGAUUGGGAAGCCAUGGAAGAACAGAACAGAGAGAUAUUGAAAUUUUGUAACAGUGUGGAUACGAAGAUCAAGCAAUAUCUUCCUCAUUACAAAACGCAGGCAGAUUGGGAGAAGCAUUUUGGAAGCAAAUGGAGAAGGAUUCAAGAGAGGAAAAAGGAAUUCGAUCCCAAAAUGAUUUUGUCUCCUGGACAGAAAAUUUUCAACCUUUGAAGCUCUUUUUUAAUAUAUAAUUUUAAGAAAUACUCUAUAUUUUUUUUAGGUGGGUUAUUCCUCGUAUAGAUUUUGUCCACUUUUUUUUUUUUCUUUCUUUCUUUUGGGUCGGGAAGGAAUAUUGGUGUAAUAUAAUUAUGUAAUAUUUGUUCAUUAUCUUAAAAAUUUAUAUAUCUUAUCCACCAUUUCCAA